AUAGUCAUAAUAAUAAUCCAGCUGGCAUCGCUGGCUUCCUGUUGUUAUAUCUUACAUUUUUAUUUGUAACUAUUUGUUUUUUUUUUUCUAAAGCUAUAAUGUAAACAUCCUUUCCACCUAACAGAGAAUCCGGCGUCAUCGUCGUCACUACCGUUUUCGUACAACUAUUAAAUCUCAUUCCGUGCAUGUUUAGACUAAUAUUAGAUAAUGAUACGAUUUAAAUCUAAAUCAUUUCGAUAAAAUACACGUAAAUUAAUUAAAUCAAGUACAAUCAAGUUACGAUAUUUUCCGGUGAUACGGUAUACAUACAGAGACAUAGGGACUGCAUGCCUAUCUGUUUUAAUUGAUCGUCUGAUGUUAACGAGUGAACGUUUUAUUUUGUGCAAGUUAACAAACGAAAUGUACUUGGAUAUUGAAACAUCGAAUAUAUUUAAAACACGCAGAGGAAAACGUCGUUUUAGUAUUGAAAACUACGGGUAUAGCGAGUUUCGUGUAUUAAAAUCGAGCGAUGUAUAUUGUUUAGAUAUGUAGUGUAACGACCCAAAAAGAGGAUUAGUUAGGGUAGGUUUAUUGAUUUUAAAUAAGACACAUAUAUGGUACAAUAGUACAUGGUUAUCGUGAUACAGAAGUAUAAUUUGAAAAUAACAUAUUAAGAUUUGAUUAAUAUAUAAUGUUUUUUGUACGAUUUAAUAUCAAUUACUGUAUUAUUGACUGAUUGAUGAUUGUUCACAUCAUUACAGUAGAUACCAAUAAAAAAUGUACACCAACAGUUACAGCGAACAGUUUUUUGGGAUUUGUUGUACCUAAUUUAUGUAUGCAAACGAGUUUUGUGUUUGAGUCACUUUCGUGCAAGCAUUAAAUAUGUGUGUGGGCAAUCGAGUUGUGCGUUUGUGCGCUAACGAGUCGCUAAAAAAAGGUAAACGUACGCAAACGGGUAUCGUCCACGCAGAUGUAAGGAAAACAUAUUUAUUUAUUUUUAUUUACAGUGUAAUCUGCAAUUCUUGAUAACACUCAUUAUUUCGGAAAGUAUUUACUGUUUUCUUUUUUUGGAGUACUUAUAAAACAAAUAACUCUAAAUUAUUAUACAUUACGUUUAUAUUUUGUUAUUCUUGUUUUUAUGGGUGAAAUCUCUACUCACUUUCGAUUUGUAAAUAGUAAACUAAAUAAAAAAUUCCAAAAUUAAUGAAAUUGUAGUAAAAAUACAUUUUAGUGUUGAAUUGUUUAAUAUCGAACUCAUAUAUAUGUAUAUGCACUGAUAAUCUGAAAAAAAGAAAGUUAUUUAUAGACAGAAAAAAAAGAGCUGAUACUGCAAACGAAUGCGCCAAUUUUAUAGAUGGAAAGUCGGGAAGAUUGAAUACAUAAAGUUAUUUAAUUUGAACCCGUAAGGAACGAUAAACUGUUGCUAAUGAAAAACGAUUCGGAGCGAAGUUUAAUAAUUAGGUAUACAUGUUUUGAAAGACCGUAAUAUUUACGAUUUUUGUCAAAUUUUGAUUUUAACUCUUAUUAAAAAAAAACUACUUUACACUAGGUUUUUUUUUUUUUUUGACCCCUAAGUACGUCCGCGGCGUGACGAAGCAAUGAUAUCAAACAAAUAAUACAUUGAGAACAUAGUGAUCUAAUAAUUUCCACUAAAAAGGUUAUCAACAAAAAAUAUGUUAAAAGCAAGAAGAAAACAAGUUCCAUAAAUAGAUGGUUUUUCUUUUCGGCAUGAUAACACAAUUAAGAAUUUGCGCGCGAGGUUUUUAAACUCCUCUAAGCCUUGAGAGUUGAGAUCAUAUUGUAAUAUUGUAUCAUUAGAAUAUUGACGCCGUUUGGUCCACUUGGAAACAAUGCGCCCUCUACACGCGGACUAUAAUAUUACAACUAUUUCACAGCCGCCCCCCAGUAUUCCGUUAUCAAUCGGUGUUCAGUGACGAGAUAGGGUAUAUCUCGUUUGUUUGGGUGAUAACAGUAUUGUUUUUUUUUUUUUUUAAUGCUUUCCACUUCGCAGAACUAGUGUCUACAAACAACAAUCCAGUCAUCACAACAAUAGUGUGAUAAUAUUAUAAUACAAAUAAUAUUAAAAAAACAUCACUGCCGCCGCCGAUGACGAGUUUACCACGUCGUAUAUUUUAGGAAAAUCGUUUUAUGGGCGUGCAACAGUUGCGACGAAAGGUACCUAUUGUGUAAUACGUUGGCAGCCAAUUGGUCGUUGUGCGUAGCGACGGCGGUUGUACGCGAGCGUACCUAUUUUAAUAAUAUUAUUCCGUUUGCGUGUGACUAGAUGGUGGAUGUAUCGCGUAUGCCGCAGCCAUCUGUCCGAAUAAAUUGAUAAAGUAAAAAACAACAACAAUAAUAGAAUAAAUCGGAAAUGCUGUGAGUGGCUGGCACGGUCUGCUCGCCCGAAGAUCUUACGUGGCAUUCGUCGCCCGCGGCUAAAUUACCUCGAUGUUUAUCGGCACCAUGGACCGUCCACGUUUCAGAAAACACUACACAUUGCGCGCCGUCCGACGUUUUACUUUCUUUUGAGGUGCAUUGAAUACACUGCACACGGACGCUGAGAACUCGUUUCCCCUCUUCUGAACAGAAGACUCACAGACCUACGUGAUAAAAACAACAUUUAAAUAAUCUUACGCACGUGUUACAAUAUCGUUGUUACUAGGCACAUAUCCAUAACACAACCUGUUCAUUUCUGAGCAUGUAAAUAAUAUUUUCGCUCUCAUAGUCUUAUACCAGUUUAUUCAUGUGCGGUGUUCACACAAAAAUGACAGACACCAAAGCCCUGAUAUUAGUUGGCGGCUAUGGCACUCGUCUGCGACCAUUGACGUUGAGUCGUCCAAAGCCCCUUGUUGAGUUUGCCAACAAACCAAUGAUACUUCAUCAAAUCGAAGCUCUAGUCACGGUCGGAGUACGAGAGGUAAUUUAAGUUUAACAUAACCUAUAACAGAAUUCAAAAUAUUCCAUUUGUCUAGCAUUUAAAUAUUUAUUUAAUAUAUCACCAUCUGAUACAUACCUCAGUAUGUUGUAUUUCUUUAAGAUGUAAUAAUAUUAGUUCAAUAUUAAUUUGAUUAUCAUUAUUUAAUUGCUAAAUUUUUUUUAUCAUUUAUUGUUUAUUAUAGUACUUACUAUUCCUCUUUGAACUAUUAAAUAACAAUUGCUGUUGGUACUUAAAAUAAUUUGUUGUAUUGCAAGAUUUAAAAUGUUUUUCUUGGCUGUUUAAUGUAGGUAAUAUUAGCUGUGUCAUACCGUGCUGAACAGAUGGAAAAAGAGAUGAGUGACGAGGCCAAGAAACUAGGUGUUCGAUUGGUUUUUUCACAUGAAUCUGAACCACUUGGCACAGCUGGACCUUUAGCUUUAGCCAAGCAUUUAUUGGCCAACGAACAGAAUCAACCGUUUUUUGUUUUAAACUCAGAUAUAAUUUGUGAGUAUCCAUUUAAAGACUUGAUUGCAUUCCAUAAAUCACACGGUUGUGAAGGCACUAUUGUGGUAACCAAGGUUGAAGAGCCAUCCAAGUACGGUGUAGUAAUGUAUGACGAAGAAACUGGUCGCAUAGAUAGUUUUAUUGAAAAACCUCAAGAAUUUGUUUCUAACAAAAUCAAUGCGGGUAUGUAUAUUUUGAACCCAUCUGUAUUGGAAAGAAUAAAAUUAGAACCUAUGAGUAUCGAAAAAGAAGUAUUUCCAUUUAUGGCCAAAGACGGUCAAUUAUAUGCCUUUGAUUUAAAAGGAUUUUGGAUGGAUGUCGGGCAACCAAAAGAUUUUCUUACUGGUUAGUUGUAAAUUUGUAUGCAUAAAAUAUAACACAAUGGAAUAAUGUAUAAUUAAUAAUUUUUAUAUGUCUAAAAAAUUAUCAAAUGUUAUUAUUUCAUAGGAAUGUGUAUGUACUUAUCAUCGUUAAAGGCACGUUUACCAUCUUUGUUGUACACUGGCGAUGGUGUUGUAGGUAAUGUUCUAGUUGACCCAACAGCAAAGAUUGGUGAUGGCUGUAAAAUUGGUCCAAAUGUUACUAUUGGUCCAAAUGUAACUGUUGAAGAUGGUGCUUGCUUACGGAGAUGUACCAUACUGGCAGGAGCUACAGUAAAAUCACACACAUGGUUAGACUCUUGUAUAAUUGGUUGGCGUUCUGUAGUUGGAUGUUGGGUCCGUAUGGAAAAUACUACUGUGCUUGGUGAAGAUGUUAUUGUUAAAGACGAAUUGUACAUUAAUGGUGGACAAGUUUUACCACAUAAAUCAAUCAGCACUUCGGUGCCUGAUCCUCAAAUUAUUAUGUGAUUUUUAGUUGUGAAACUAUUUUAUUAUUUUAAAUUAUAUAUAUUUUUUUAUUUCAAUGUACCUACAUAAUUAGGGCUUCAUUAUUUUUAUUUAUUAAAAAUUAAAUUAUAUUAUUUAAAAAUAUAUAUAGUAGGAAUAUUUUAAACUUACUAUAUCAUUGGGUUUUUAUGAAAAAAUACAUUAAAUAAACAAAUUAUUUUUAUUAAUUAUUCAAUAGUAGAAACUCUCAUUUUACUAAAAAACGAUUUAAAAUGAUUAAACUAAAUUGUAUAAAUCUAAUCAAAAUUGGACGAUUUAAAUAUUCCAUAAUGCAACUAUUCACUUUUUUCGGUUAUAUGAUUUUACACAUAUCAAUAAAACAUUUACAUUAUGUAUAAGAUUCUGUACAUAAACAAAUAUAUAUCAAAAUUGGCAGUUGCCAACUGUUAUUCACAUUGCACAAAUUAUCUAUCUGUUUAUCUGCACAGAGUUUUUAAUUUUUAUACAAUAUUUUUAUAUUUGAAAAAUAAUUUUGAACAGAUCACACAUUUUAUAUGCUCGCCAAUAAUGUUUACUCCAGUUUUCAAUAUUUUGUAAAUAUCGGGGUAAUAAACUAGGAAAUUAUAAAUUAUUAUUAUUAUUACCAUCUGUGUUCAGUUACCAAUUUUUAAGGUUGCUAUGUAACAUUUUUUUUUUAGUCUUAACAUUUAUUUCCAGCUUUGAAUAAAAACAACAUUAUUGUAUAAAUGUUAGUUCCUCCAGCUUUUGCUGUGCUUGGGUCUAAGAAAUAUACUCUCACAAGGUUUUGAAUAGGUCUUAUUUAGAAAUUAAAAAAAUUAUACAAUAGUUAGUUUUAAUUAUUAUUUGUUAUUUAUUUUUGAUGUAAAAUGAAUAUUGGUAUUAAAAACAUUUUAAAUUCGAAAAAUAGUUAAAGCAAUGUAUUAUAAUAAACCAAUAUUUAGUACAGUGUUUCCCAACUGUAUAACCUUUUAUUUUUGUUCAUAAAUGAAAUUUGGUUUCAUAAACUAUUUACGAUCGGUCUGCAGACUAUCGGUUGGGAGACACUAAUAUAAUAUGGGCAAUAAGUACCUAAUGUGUACAAAUAUUUAUUUAUUAAUUGAAAACAUAAUGUUCACUUUUCAAAAUUGUUUAAUAUUCUGUUACGUAAAAUUAUGUUAUUUACACACAUGUGUGUGUAUUGCGUUAUGUAUAUUCAGCUUAUUUGAUUG